UCUCCCAGCCAUUGCCUCCUCUGCUCCAUUCCUUGCCAGUCACCUGUCACCCAGCAGCAACUCCUGCCAAACGUAGAAGAUAACUCCCUCCUUCUGUCUACCUGCUGUGGCUUCUUUUAUACUGAACCCAAUGUGCCCACUUGCAGGGCAGAUUAUCAUUCCACAAGGAGGCUGACUGAGAAUGGAAGAGACCACCUUGAAGAAGGUACUAGUGAAACAAAGAACAGAGACCAAUGAGAAAAUAAACUGCAGUGGAAAAAAUAACAUCUCACCAAGCAGGAAGAUUUAUCUGGAUUACAAUGCAACCACCCCUCUGGCACCAGAAGUGAUUGAGACAGUUAAAGAAGCAAUGCAUGAAGCAUGGGGAAAUCCUAGCAGUUCUUAUGAAGCAGGUCAAAGAGCAAAGAAGAUCAUAAAUGAAGCUCGUGAAAGUCUGGCUAAGAUGGUGGGAGGACGGUUCCAGGAUAUUAUCUUCACUUCUGGAGGGACAGAAGCAAAUAACUUAGUGAUUCAUACUGCAGUGAAGGAUUUUAUGAAAAACAGCAAACAAAGUACUGUUGGGACAGGAGAAGGCCAUCAAGAAAAAACUCUAGGGACACUUCCACAUAUCAUUAUAUCUUGCAUUGAACAUGAUUCAGUUCGUCUCCCUGUAGAGUACCUAGAGAAGGAACAGAAAGCUGAAGCCACUUUUGUCCCAGUAUCGAAGGUGACCAGACGAGUGGAAGUAGAUGAUGUUAUUGCAGCAAUCCAUCCAACUACAUGUUUAGUUUCUGUAAUGCUAGCAAAUAAUGAAACUGGGGUUGUGAUGCCCAUCUCAGAACUCAGUCAGCAGAUUGAAGUUAUCAACCAGAAGAGAAAGGCCUCUGGUCUGCCACGGAUCUUAGUACACACAGAUGCAGCCCAGAUGAUUGGGAAGGGCCGAGUGGACGUGCAGGACUUGGGAGUAGAUUACCUCACUAUUGUAGGGCACAAGUUUUAUGCCCCACGUAUUGGAGCCUUGUAUGUGCGAGGACUUGGUGUGAAGACUCCUCUUCACCCCAUGCUGUUUGGAGGAGGGCAGGAAUGGAGCUUUCGCCCAGGGACUGAGAAUACUCCAAUGAUUGCUGGCCUUGGCAAGGCAGCUGAAUUGGUGAAUGAGAAGUCUGAGCUAUAUGAAGCUCACAUGAGGAAAGUUCGGGAUUACCUGGAGGAAAGGCUUGAAAUUGUAUUUGGAAGACAAAAUAUCCAUUUUAACUGUCGAGUGGAAGACUCUAAACGACUUUGCAACACCUGUAAUUUUUCCAUAUUGGGCUCAGGUCUACAAGGUUGGCUGGUGCUUUCACACUGUAGGACUUUGCUUGCCAGUGUUGGUGCAGCCUGCCACUCUGAAAAGGGUGACCAGCCCUCAGUUGUUUUGCUUAACUGUGGAAUUCCUUAUAAUGUGGCACAGAAUGCCUUACGCCUCAGUGUCGGCCGUGAUACAAGCAAAGAAGAUGUGGAUCUGAUUGUAGAAGAUUUGAAACAGGCUGUGGCUGGGUUACAAUAGGCUGGAUACUUACAGUCAACAAAAAAGAAGAUUCUGUUCAUCAGUAUCAGGAAGUGAGCUUAUCUAGUCCUGAUAUUCCAUUGCUCUGUGUGCCAUACUCACAUUUGACAUAUUGAGGGCUAUUGUGUUUCCAUCAGUACUUUGAGACAGGAUUUUUGUUGAACAUCCAGUAAUGUGUUUUACAGGUCUUGAAUACCUAGGAUCACUGUCUGCAUCUAUGAGCACUGAUUCCCCUCCCCCCCCAAUUCAGCACCAGUAAAUGCAAUUGGUGAAUUACACCUUUUAACAAGUUUUAGCAAGUAAAAUGAAGGGCAAGGAAAUAUUUCCACUGGAUAUUUAGAAUUGUUCCAAGCACAGAAUGAAUGUGAAUAUUUAGAAGAUGUAUGUGUGUAUUUACAAACACAUGCAUAUAUGCCAGACCCAGGCAUACAGAUAUGAAUGGUCAAGUAAAUCUCCAAAUUUUAAACAAUGAGGGAUUUGCCUUGGAGAUGUCUAUGUUUACCAGAGAGAUGCAUACUAAUAAAUUGAUCUACUCUAAUAAAUACAUGUAUGCAUGUGUACUGGGAAAGAAUGUAUAAUACAGCUAUUAUGUAUAAUACAUCUGUUAAAAUUAAAUAGCAGAGAGAAAACCAGAAUGCUUUCUUCAAGGCUACAUAGAGACCUGCUUCUUUCCCUUUAACCUAGCCUUAAAGGGUUGUUUGCAGUUUUAUGUAGCUAAAUUUCCUGCCUUGAGUUGUACAAAAUAAAGGUGGGAUAUAAAUUAAUAAUCAAUUAAUUGAAGAAUAAAUUAUGCUGAUGGCAACACUAAUGAUAGGGGAUCUGAAUCAACAAUUGUUGCUGUCCUUUUUUGCCCUGAAUGGCAAGAGGACAGAAUUACCCACAGUGGCAAUUCCCUUUUGAGAGAAAGCAAUUGCUGUGAUAGAUGCUGGCUUUUACUGUUGCUUUUUGUCAUAAAUCAUAAAAAGUCAUAAAUAUCAUUGAUAGGAGACCUAUUCCCACUUGAUAAUUGUAUUUUUUAAACAAUGUUGUGUAGUGUAAUAAUUUUAGUGUAAUUUUAGGUGAGGAUAGUGUCUGAAGUUAGUCUAAAGGAGUAGAGAAUGUACACAUAAAUCUAUGAAUGUACAUCUGGGUCACAGAAUGGGUAUCCCACCCAUUCCUAGCUUCAUCCUCACCUGCCACAUGACAUCUAUGUCAUUCUGUUACCAUUUAAUUGCAUCAGAUGUUCACAUCUUUGGAGCAUCAGAAGCAGUUACUCUGUCCAAAGUAUUCCCUCAGUUUUGUGCAUCAGAAGACGGCUACUUGAGAUAAAGAAGGGAGAUGAAAUCUUUAUAGUUCCUUGAAUAGACUCUCUUCAAAUGGAAGAGUUGUUUGUUUUUCAAUCUAUCAAAAUAUUCUGAUACCAAAUACUUCAGAGGUUUUGUUUUGAGGAACAAUUUUUGAUAACUGCCCAGCUACUUAUUGUGUUCCUGGGACCCAAACUGAAUGUUUCCUCACAUUUAUAUCUGUAAAAGAUUAUCUCUCACUGCUUGCUUCUAGUUUCUCAUGAGUCAACUGACAUAGGAGAACAGCUGAUUAGUAUGGAUAGAGGAAAAAUAUAUUAUUGAGGAAUCUUGAAGAACUGAGGAGCACUUCAGGAUCGGUCCUGGACUCCAACAAAAGAGAUAAUUGCAGUUAGGAAUAUAUAACUGUACAUUUCCUUCAAAGAUUUGAAUUUCAGAACUAUGCUGGAAGAGGUUUGAAGAUAAUAGUGGAAUAAGGUCUGCUGUUUUUGUUUUUGUUUUGUUUUUGCUGCAUCCACUGUAAUUGAUGUCUGCUAAUAGUGAUGAGUUAAAGAGGUAAUGGUUGGUUUCCUAGUACUUGCUAAGGUUUGAAUAGGAAAUUCUCCAGUAUAAGUCACUUCAUAAUAUUAUUUGUUUCACAUGAUAGCAUGGCCUGUACUAACUGUCAAAAUGGGUUAUACUGUAAAACAGAUGCAAAUUUAAAAGUUGAAACACAUGCAUGUGUGCUCUGUAAAACAUAAGCACAAUGAUAUCUUAGCAUGAAAUACCAUUACUUGGUUAUUCACAAGAAAGGAAGAUAAAACAUACAAAGAAGUAGCCAAUUCAUGUAUCUUACCUUAUGUUUACUAUAGUUUAGGGCUAAAAUAAGCAUUUUAUUCUCAUGCAUCUUUAAUCCUCACUUUUUGAGAGUUGGUCUUGCCCAUCUCCUUUAACUAUGGAGUUCUUAAACAUAGCUAAGUUGAUAUUGCAGGAAGAAUAUUUGUUGAGCCUCUAUCCAGUCAUUGUGGGAUCUGAGAGGAAGACAAUUUAUCAGGAAUCUAUCAAGUAUUACCAGAUCUCCCAGAUUCCUUCAGUUCUUACCUAUUCUCCUUGAUUAGAUUUUUCCAGUUAUUAGAAUUACUGCAGGAAGAGAGGAAAUCAGUCAUACAGUUUUCCUAGAUUAGAACAAAGCACAAUUUCCCUUAUUUAUUUAGUCAAAUGGUUUACUUGAAGUUUCUCAUUGGGACCACAAAACAUUUAUGAUGUUGUGGCAAUAAAGAUUGUGCUUGUUAAGCUGUCCUUCCUCUUGGGCAGCCACUUGAGUGUUGCAUUUAAUGCUCCAGCUGAGUUAUUCUGUGUUAGAACGCUAUACUAAUUAAUAAUUUGUGGUGAAUAACAAACCUUGGAACCAUACUUGUGGCAUUCUGGCUAUGCGGAAGGGGAUGCUCCCCAUAGAGAAUGUCUUUGGUCAAAAAUGGGGAAAUUAGAACUACAUUCAUUGCAUUACAUUCAUUCUGUUGAUUUCUGCACUUAAUAACAGUGGCGUUACCUUCAUUUUCUGUACACAUAACAUAUGAAAAUGAAUAUACAGGCUAAAGAGAGAAAGCCUGCCUUCAAAACAAUUUUAUGUAAUCCUCUAGUACACAUAUAUCCAGUUGACUAGUGGUAAACUUUAAUAUUAAAUGCCUAGUAAUGAUAGUUAUAUGCCUAAUAUAUACUUCUAAUACCUAGUAGCUGAAAAAUAAAGUAGUCCCAGGAUGUUAGAUGUCCUGUUAUGGUGUAACUCAGAAAAAUUCCUUGCCAACACACCAACAAGGUCUGUAUUUAAAGUUAGGAAUAGUUGAAGGACUAAAUGCUUAGACAAAAUACAUUAUAAAGUUUGAAGAUUUUUUAUCAGGUUUUAUACAGGAAAAAUAAUUUAUAAAUGGUUUGCACAUUUAAAUUUGCUGUAUUUUUAUGUUUAUGUUUACAUUUUUGUAUGUAAUAAGUAUAUUUGGUGAAAAUAAAAAAAACAAAAGCAAAUGAGAUUUAGGUUUGAAAUCAAUGUUAUCAAUAAAAACAGGUUAAUCUACAAUGCAGGCAUAGACUAAAACUAAAUUAAAUAUUCUGAUCUUUCAAACAGAAAUGGCUCCUCUUUUAUAAAAAUGAACAGACUAUGUUUUGGGGAUAGUAAUGCUAAUAUAG